AUGUGGGGCGUUAAGCUUGAUUUCGACACGGUCGUCUACGCUCUCUACGGUAUUCAACUCCACAGCGAAUAUCCCGAUGAAAAGGAAUCCUCCCUCAUCAAGCAAUUUGACAGCUUGAUGCAAGACUUUCCCACAUAUUUAGAUCGUCUUAUUCAAGACGGGGGUGCAUCACCCAACCCCGGCCGAACACAAGUCUGGCUCGUCCAUUGGUCUACACGACAAGCCUAUGAAGCCUGGUGGACAAGACCCGAUGUUACAGCAUUCUGGACUUCGCUGCCCGAUGAUGCCGGCAUGUGGCGUGAGAUCAUCUCCCCUCAUAGCAGUCGUACUCAGCAUGGCACCAACCAUGCACCGGGACCUAUUGGCCUUGGCUAUCUAGGUGCACGUGUCUCCAUCGCAGACAAAUCCGGAUACUGGGGCUGCUACUAUCAUCGCAUGUCGGCAUCUACCACAGGUAGAGAAAUUCUCAAGACAUCAUUAGACCGACCGCUCAGCCGCUCCGAGGGAAUCCGAAUGUCGAAAGUCGACUCAAUAUCCUCGUUAGCAUCCUCGUCACCGCCGGUGCGAGAUAGAGCAAUCCGCCACGGCCGUGUCAACAUGCACCAUUUCCCCAACAACCUCUGUUUUGUUGUAGAAGGUCAAGACCACACACAUGUAUCCUCGGAAGAAAGGAUAUACUGGGAGCAGCAUUUCAGUGUGCCAGUAAACCGGUGGAUUACCGAUUUAAUCACCACUGGCCCCCAUGACCCUAAAUCUGGUAUUCUCGAUGCACGACUUUGUUACGAUCCGGUGAGUGGGCCAUUCCACUGCAAUGGGCCGGAAAAUAUACCACAAUUGAAGUACAACCGGAAAGUACAAUUCUUUUAUUUUACUGAUAUGGGGCACAUGUUGAGUAUGGGCAAGCAACAUUCUGAGCAUGUCAAGCUACGGGCGCAAUUUAUGGUGGCGUAUGGCCCUGGUGGUUACUUGCAAGAUAAAGCCAAAAUUUGCUUGUGGGCAGAGACUAGUAUACUGAAGCCGGAUGAAAUAGAGUGUGAGUAUGUAGGUUGUGUCGAGGGAACGGGGCUUAUGGCUUUUGAGGGACUGGAAGAAUUUCAAACAAAGUGA